AUGGGAUGCUAUGUUUGCAUAGUUACUGGCUACUGUGAGGGUGGUGACAUGGCUGAGCUAAUGAAAAAGGCAAAUGGGCAGUAUUUUCCUGAGGAGAAACUGUUAAAAUGGUUUUCUCAACUACUAUUGGCUGUUGAGUAUCUGCAUUCCAAUUUCGUUCUUCACCGGGAUCUCAAAUGUUCGAAUAUCUUUCUUACCAAAGAUCAAGAUGUUCGCCUCGGUGAUUUUGGACUUGCUAAAACUUUGAAGGCAGAUGAUUUAGCUUCUUCGGUAGUUGGAACUCCUAAUUACAUGUGCCCUGAACUUCUUGCUGAUAUUCCUUAUGGAUUUAAGUCUGAUAUAUGGUCUCUAGGAUGUUGUAUGUACGAAAUGGCUGCUCACCGACCUGCAUUCAAGGCUUUUGACAUGGCUGGGUUAAUAAGCAAGAUUAAUCGAUCAUCUAUGGGACCUUUGCCCCCUUGUUACUCCCCAUCCUUGAAAUCUCUAAUCAAGAGCAUGCUCAGGAAAAACCCCGAACACCGGCUAAGUGCAUCCGAACUUCUUAAGAACCCAUAUCUGCAGCCAUACAUUGACCAAUACCGUCCAAUUACCAUUUCUCCUCAAAAACCUCUUUCCGGAUCUCGUGAGAGCAGAAGGAGCAUGGCCGAGAGCCAGAGCAGCAACAGUUCUUGCAGCGAUAGAGACAGCUUGGUAACUAUGCCGCAUGAGACCAACAACAUUUCAAACCGCAAUCAUCAUAACAAGACCGUCGAUACAGACUCGGCUUCCAUUAAUGGUGAUGAUGAUGACCAUGAUGAUGUUGGGAAACCAGCUCAAAAAGACUCGGUAUGUAACGGAACAAAGCAGCAUCCCAAGACGAUAAAGAACAUCAUGAUUGCUCUGAAAGAAGGGAGGAAUAGAGAGAAUAGUUCUCCCAUGAGAACCCACCAUGUAAAAACAGGCAUUAACAAUCAGAGAAUAAUUGUGGAAGCAUCUCCCAGGGUCGCCAAACCGGGCCCUGUUAAUUACGGUCAUCAUAAGGGUAGUGCUGAGGCCCCAACCUCCAAGGUGAACUCGGAAUCUUCUAAGCGAAUGCAGGAUUCUCCUUCUCUGAAGCACCAGUUACCCAUCAUGGAAACCCCACCAAGGACCAAAGCUAGAUAUGAAGGGAUCCCCCCAACAGGCCCAAUGAAGCCCUUCACUGAAGAAGGAUUGCCAGUCAGGACAAAACAGAAAACGCCACCAACCCUGUCUCGGCGACCGUCUCUUCCGAUCCGAACACAUCAACCGGGCUGCGACUCCCCAAACGAUGCCCAUGACCCAAACGAGCCUACGAAAUCUGAGACUCAUUCAUCAUAUGGUUCUCAGAUAACAAGGGAAGUCAUGCAGCAUUCGAAAAGGUCAGUGGGACCCCACCGAAAGAGGAUCCAAACGGACAGCAGCAAUUCGGCAUCUUCCUCUGUAUGUGAUGAUGCAGCCACUCCUUUUAGGGCCUUUGCAGAACACACAUUCCAAAAUGAUGGUCACGGGCAAGCCAAGAAAGUAGAGGCUAUUGAGGUCUGCUCGUCAUUUCCAGAAAGGACGGAAAAUUGCCUCAAGGAGCAAUGGGAAAUGAAACAGCGAGAAACCGAAGUCGAAAUUAACGACUCCAGGUCCGAAAGCUCCACCACUUCGUCAUCUCACUCUGAAAGACCGCAAAAUGAAAGGCUCGAAAAAAUUUCAACGGAAGUAUUUCUGGGGAACAAAAAACAUCAAUCCACCAUGUGUUCGGCCGAGACGUUAUUAAUUCAACAGCACGUGGAUCACAAAGAUAUGGACAUGAAUAAUGUGCACAAUGAGAACGUGAAUACGUCCUCUAUUGAUAAUGCGGAUGACAAAGAUAUGGUCGUGAAGAAUGUGGCUGAUGAGAAUGAGAAUACUGGUUCUAUUAUUGAUAGGGGCAUCGGCCCGUUUUGUGAUAAUUUACCUACCAACCUGAGUGACAGGCCCAAUAAUCUCGCUAGAGAUUCGAGCAUUCUUUCUUUAGCAUCCAGUGGUGACGAUAAUGAUAAGUUCAUUGUGAAGAACUUUUCUACAGACAUAUGUCCCCGGGUGCAAAAUGAAAAUAAUGAGAAGAAAGCAAUAGAGCCCACCCACCCAGUGCUUGAUGAGACCGAUGCAAGAAAACCUGAAAAUUCCCUUCCCGAGUUGGAUUUCUCCAAAAACCCCAUCACAAAGGAAAUAGACAUGAAGACUCCAAAUUCGAAUCCAUCUACACUUACGGUUGCAAAGUCGGAUUCGUUCGAAUCAGUAAAAGCGAGCCCAUCAUCGGCCCAGGAAGAAGGCCCGCCACCAGUGAAAGAGACUUUGGACGUGAAUUCAUUCAGACAGAGGGCAGAUGCGCUCGAGGGGUUGCUGGAACUGUCAGCAGACUUGCUGCAGCAGAAUAGGCUGGAGGAGCUGACAGUUGUCUUGAAGCCCUUCGGGAGGGAAAAGGUUUCGCCUAGGGAUACCGCCAUCUGGCUCGCCAAAAGUCUCAAAGGAAUGAUGCUUGAAGAAGGCAGCCGGAAUUCAUGA